AUGAAUGAAACUACAGACAAACUUAACUCUUCUCUCAUUCUUCCUUUCAGUAAGGACUAUGAGUUCUGUUCAAAUGGCGUUUAUUUCUAUUGUGGAAAGAUGGGUUCAGGUAAGACAUUUAAUUUAAUUCGUCAUAUACUCAUAACAGAACGUUUAGGAAAUGACUCAUAUUAUGACCAAAUCAUUAUAUCAGCAACUUCAGACUCUAUGGACUCAACAGCGAAAACAUUUAUGUCAAAAGUUCAAGCCUCUGUCGUUAAAGUUCCAGACAGUGAACUCAUUGAAUUUCUUCAACGUUACAUUCGACGUAAGAGGAAAUAUUAUGCCAUCGUUGAAUUUAUACAGUCAGG